UCUUCACUAACUAUUUUGCAAGAACGACAUGCCUUCCAACAAGUCAUUCAUCACCAAGGUCAAGCUUGGCAAGGCUCAAAAGCAAAACCGUCCUUUGCCCCACUGGUUCCGUUUGAAGUCUGAUACCAAGAUCCGCUGGAAUGCCAAGCGUCGCAACUGGCGCCACACCAAGUUGAACAUCUAAGACAGUUGGACGAACAUCAAGCUUUUUGUACUUAGUUAGUUUGUUUUUUUUUGUCGGAUUGGUG